CUAGAAAUACUUUUAGUGCUUUCACACUUAUUGAGGCGAGUAGAACUGCGUAAAGUGAAUGUAAAGAAUAUUUUUUGUAAUUUUUAUUAGAACGUUGGACUGUUAGUGGUGUUAAGCGAAGAAAAGUGAGGAGAUCCAUGUGAAAAAGUGUGUAAAAUAAAACAAGAAAAAAUGUCAGUAAAUAUAAAAUAAUGAAUUUACAUAGUGACUUUAUUUCUAUAAAAUAAAAACAAAAACAGCAGUACCAUUAGCGGGCAGGAUAGCGCCUAGCAUCACAUACAUAUAUAUACGCACCAAUAUCCUCCGCCUUUAGACUUUCGCUGCCGCAUUGUUAAUGCCGCCGCCAUUUGUCGUUCCUUCACCUGCAAGGGUUCCAUGCGUACACAUGUAUAAGUGCAUAUACACAUGAGCACUCGUAUGUAGGUGCGAUUGACGCAAAUUGUUGCGGUCGGCUAUUUCUAUUCAUUGUUGUGCAAUUUCUCUCUGAAAUAACGCUCAGUGAAAUAUCGGUUGCCGCCGUCGUCGCUUUUGCAGAGUUCGGUUUGCCCUCUGUCACCUGCUGACUAUGAAAUGAGGAAAUCUUCCUACAGUUAAUUGUGUCACUAAUACUGGCAGUGUCUUAUAAUUGCAUUCAAACGAAAAUAGUGUACUACAAUCAGUGUGGGCAAAAAUAGCAGAAGUGAAUUGAAUAUGUGAAAAGUAAAAAACACUAACAGAGAGACGCCACAACGGUGGUUCAAGGAGAAAGAGAUGAGAAGGGGAGAAUGUAUGCUUAAAAAAGUGAGAUGUAAAAUAAAUAAUAAUAAAAACUAAUACGAGCAUUAUUAUUGCUUCUGCAGGCUUUAAUUAGCAGUGGCAGAGGUGUCUCAUGCGCGAUUUCUGGUUAAGAAUGAAGGACUGUGAAAUCACCCAAUUAUGUGUUGAUAAAAUAAGUAAACGUUUUUAACGAGAAUGAAUAUAAAACGAAACUCUUAGAGUUUGGUGUCAACAAGCAACUAAACAGCGCUGCAAGAGUGGAACGUUUAUUUAGAUAAAAAUACCGUCCAGCAAAUCAUAAAUUUGUUGAAUAAUUUGCUUUCAUUUGUAAUUCGACAUAUAUAGGAAAAGUAAAGACAUGCUUUUAGGCGCGUUUCCCGUCGGCGCCAAAUCCGGUGCGAAUUCAACUAACAACAAUAAAAAUGGUAAAUGCAGAUUUGUGCUGCUAUGCGGUGGUUAUAUUUUAUUUUUGGUCUUGGGAGCGGCAAUGUUUUCGGCGAUAGAAGCACCAAAAAUCGACGCCAUCUCGAAACGAGUGCAAAGUUUUCGAAAUCAGUUUUUGCAAAAUAAUGCUUGUUUAAAUGACGAAGAUCUCGAAGAAUUUCUCAACGCUGUGAUUACGGCUAACGAUCGCGGCAUAUCACCAUUGCGCAAUGCCACAAAUGAGAUGAACUGGAGCUUUGGUCAGGCAUUCUUCUUCUCCAGCACCGUGAUAACAACAAUCGGAUAUGGUCAUGUAACACCACUUAGCCAAACGGGAAAAAUAUUUUGCAUAAUUUAUGCGGCAAUUGGCAUUCCACUCACGUUGGUGUUAUUGAGCGCAAUGGUGGAGCGUCUAUUGGUACCGGCAAGCUGGUUAUUGGGCACUUUAAAUUCCAAAUUGGGUCAUCUCUAUCAGCCCUUCAAUAUACGCUUGCUGCAUCUGAGUAUUGUUGCUAUAAUUGUGAUUAUCGUAUUCUUCGCUAUACCAACGGCUAUUUUCGCUUAUAUCGAACCGACCUGGGGUGUUUUGGAUGCGUUCUACUAUUGUUUUAUUUCGCUGACAACUAUUGGCUUAGGCGAUUACAUUCCCGGCGACGGGGUAACCAUUGACAAUCGUUCGAUGUAUAAAAUAUUUAUAAGCUCUUACUUGAUAUGUGGUCUCAUUGCAAUGAUGUUUGUAUUGACAAUCUUCUAUGAUAUACCGCAAUUAAAUCUUGGUCAACUCUUCACUGAGAGCACAAAUGGUGAAACGGAGAAACUGCGCUUAUCUAGCAACAAUACAACCUGCUAUUCCGGGCCAUCUGGUCUGUACAUGCCACAUCGUGAUGAGGACACUAGGCGCGCGAUAGUACGUAUACGGCCACAUGGUGACGAUUCACCCAGUCCCGAUGAAGCACCGUCGUCUCUCAAUAGUGACAUAAGAGUGCCAUAAAGUGCAUGCAUAGAAGCCAUAACUAUGGUGGGAUGUCAAUGAAACUGGAAUUAAAAACAAGUCACUUAUGAAGAGAGAACACUAUUAUAUUGUUGUCAGACCCACUGCAUAUCCACUAAAUGUUGAACAUCAUUACAAAAUAAUCGAUAGCAUAAAACCUAGAAAUCCAGUCUACAAAUGUAUCUUGAAGUAAAUCACAGGUUGCACCAACUUUUGAGGAGGUUAUCAAAAAUUAUCGCUUUGUUUUACAAUUUUUACUUGUACAUAAAGAUUUCAGCUCAUAUCACGAAAAAAAAGAAAAACAACAAAGACAAAUCGUUCAAAUGUACAAAACAAACAGCAUCCAUACCAAAAAUACCUAUUUAAAUUACUAAACUAAAUACUAUCUACUACACUAAUAAAUAUUUAUAACAAUUAUCCUCUCUCUUGCGAUUACCAUAACAUCGAGAAUAUUGUACGAGUAGAAAAAAUUUCAUAAACUCAUUAUGAAUCAGACUUCACUAACUUGCAAGUGACUACACAUUUCAAGCAUAAAUACUCGUAUCACACACUUUAUGGAAUAGCGUAGAGUAGAAUCAGCAAAGUAGACGAUGAUUAGCAAAAACCAUGUAUUUAUGUGCCUGCUUAACAAAAGGAGAAAACAUUGGUGGCAACCAUUUUUAGAAGAUCAACUUAUGAGUUCUAGAAAAUUAUUCAAGAAUUAUAUUAUAUUUGUAAUAUAAUUUUAGAUCAAUUAGGUAAACAAAGAUUAAUUCAUGGCAUCAAUAAUGAUAGUUAAAAAAUCACAAUUUGCUCCAUCUGAUAUUUCUGUCUGGAGUGGUCUUGACGGAUAGUCUUUAGUAAGCAGACUGAAUUGCCUGUCGGCUAUUUUUUCUACUCAAAUUUCCAAUCGACACCGAUCUAGUAUCAAAUAGAAUGCUGAGGAAAAUAUUGAAAAUACAUGUGGCGCACGUGGUAUACUGAAAGAAUUAAAAAUUGCAAGAUACAGUUGUGUGCGGCCAAAUUAGUUUGUGACGAACAAGCUCAACAAUGCAACGAAUGCUGCAGUUGAAAGUGAGGAAUAAGAGGGUACAUAAACAGCAUAAACACCUUAGCUAAGCUUAAACAAAUUCACAGUCCGUUGUAGAAAAGAACUUAAAUAGAGUGUGUACCCAGUAUUCAUUAGCUCUUAGUAUAUGUGCAUUUUAGCUAAACGCAUACAAAAAGUAGUUGAUUUGAAUUUGGUAUUGGCGAUACACCGUUUCCGUCCAUAAAUUCCCAGACACACAUAGGUAAUUCUUGAUCUCCAUCUCCCCAACUGCAUCUGCAAUGGCUAAUAGAGUAUAAAGCAGCAAAAAAGUCCUUAAGUUGUUGGCACAGAAAACGUUAAUUACUGGCAGCAUAUGAUGGACUAUGUAUCGCCAAUUCCGGCCGCCACAGCGUUUGGUUCCAUAAUCGAUUAUUCACUGUGAACAUGAAACAUCAAGUGAAUGAAAAACGUUUUCAUUAUAGCGAUAGAACUUCGGCCAGCAAUGACAAAUCUCAGAACGCUUUUAGGCCAUGAACGAGCUUCUCAUGAAUUCUAUUUGGAGAAACGUACCAACAAUUUCAAGUAAAAGCUCGGUCAUGCACCUAACAAAGGAUGUGGUUUUACGUGUUAUGCUGAAAACAGUGAACGACGUAAACGCAGUCCCCUGUCAGCUGUUACGAUCAAACUAAUGAGAACCCCAUCGAAAUGAAAAAUUCAUUAUUUCACGAUAUUUAAAAAUUCCCGUAAUACCCUGCAUAGAUGACUAGAUGUGAAACUUAUUCAUUUUGAGAGAGAGCGCGCCCAUGAGGACGUUUCAAAACUUGGCAGCACUCACACAUUAUGGGAUUUUGAACAGCUGAUAGGCGAAAUGGCAGACUGCCAGAAGAAACGCGCCGAAAAUAACUGACGAAAACAGUUCGUUUUUGCUUAAUGGAGAAAUGACGUGUUGAAAUGUUUAUAAUUAUUUGUCUUAAAAUUAAUUCAAUUGAAACGUAAUAAUUUAAAUUGAAGGGAGUUUUAGAAUUUUUCAAAGCCUUUUAUAUCCUUUUCAACUUCUACUUUAAUUAGUCUUAUGCACAUAUGCAUAUGAAUACAUUUUACUCGUACAUACAUGUACUUUUAUUGAAAUCUGUAUGUUGGUUUAUGUCUGUAAAUUGGUAUAUACGUAAAUAUUCUAUGAAUGAAAAGCGUAGGUAAGGGAAUUUAAUUUGAGUUUGAGAUAUUUUACGAAGAUUAAAAGUAAUCUGCUUUAACUUAUUCUGUUCGUUGUUUGAGAAUUUUUGUUUUUUGUUACCCACUUUCUGUGUUAUAUUAAAAAAUCGCAAUAAGUCAUGUUUUUAAUUAUAACUUAUGUUUUUCGGGUUCAUAACUUUAUUAUUAUUAAAUUACUUAUGAAUAUCAGUUUUAAAUAAUUUCAUUUACAUAUAAAUUUUUAAAUUUUUUGCUUAUUUAUGUACAUAUUUCAUCCGGAUUGUGCUUAUUUUUAGUAUAUGUUGGGGGUUACGAGUGAUAUAAGGCUAUUGGGCAACCGCACACUAAAUACUAACCUCAAUGGUGGUAUGGAAACUAAAAAUUCCAGACCUUUGGUUCAAAAAUACCCAAUUCAUGUUUCUACCGGUGUGGCAAUAUUGGAAAAUGUUAUAAAAAAUGCACAUUUUUCAGCGCUCUCACGAGAAAAAGAGUUUCACAUCUAGUCAUCUAUGAUACCCUGUCAGCUGAUUGCUCUCUCACCGCACAGUGUUGCCAAGCAGUACAUUUCGAAAUCAUUUACAAAAUAAACUUAGAAAAAUUAUAAUUUUUAUUAAAAUAACUUAAAAACACUGUUGAAUAAUGUUAAUUAUAGAUAAAUGAACUAUUUGCAUUUGUUGGUUUUUGGGUUUGGUUUAUUAAACAAUGAAAAAUUGUAACUGAUAACGCGGAUGUGUGAAAAAGUGUGUAAGCAAAAAUAUCAAUGGCAACAUUGUGUAGAUACAACCAAACAAAUACACACACAAACCGAUGUAUUGAUAACUCACGGGAUGAGGUUUUGUGCUCGGGGAUGAGCUUGAGUUUAAGGGCUGCGGUAAGUGACUGCGUACGUUUUUCGCUGUUUUCAGCAUUAGAACUCCCACUCUGCGUAGAUUGAAAUGGAAAGAGGAACGUAACUUUACAAUGACGUAUGUAACUCUAGAUGAGUUGUGGGAGAGAACUUAGAAGAUAUUGUCAAAAUAGUGAAAAUUGGUAAACAAAAUGACGCCAAGUUAAUGUAAACAAAGACGAUAAUAGGAAAAACAAAGUUGUUUCUAAACGGAAGAAGUAAACAAAAAUCGGGAAUUACGUCAGCUCAAACGCUAGCAUAUUAUAUUCACUAGUAGCGGUACAGCGUUAUGCGCUACCUUCUUAUUCUCUAUUAUCUCCACAGUGACACCAUGUUUUGAUGCUCAUACAGAGCAAAUGAGUAACAAUUUACCGGUAAUUGUUAUAACGGUAUAAGCUUAAGCACGAAAUGUUUUUCGAAACGCGCAAAUAUGCUUUUUGUACAUAUACUCGUAGUAGCAGUGUUGUAUCUGCGCUUAAAAUUGAAGCGAUAAGCGCGGAAUUUUAAAUUUGGUUAUGAACAGUUGCGGAGAAAAUCAAUUUUUCGAUCGGUUAAAGGCAAUUUCCGAUGAGCGUUUUUUUAGUUAAAGUGUGAUACAUACACAGUUUAUACAAUUUUUUCUUCAGUUAGGCUAGAAGCGUUCCACUAAAGGUCGAAAUACAUACAUAAUAUUGUUAUUAUUAUUUUAAUUAUUUUUUUUUUAUGAAAGUAUUUUUCAUAUUAAUUAAAUAGUUCAAUUAUUUUUACCGAUCAUAAUUCAUGUAAGUACGAUAAUUACAUUUCGAAUGAGGUAAACAGAAAUAUUAUUAAAAAAAUGUAAAUUAACCGUAUACAAGCUCGAACAGCUAAUAAGAAGUAUUCAUAUGUAUGUAUGUAUGUAUUUACUGUAGUGUUAUAACGAAAUGCCGGAAAAUAAUGGACAAUGCUUUAUUCGAGACAUAUUUAAGGAAUAUUCAAUGACAACAACAACAAUAAACACAAUAAUAUCAAACGUAAUAUAUAUAUUUAUGUAGAUUACUUAAUAAUAAAAACCUAACACAAAAUUAUGAGAACAACAAAUAUUUUUUGAUCAAACAUAAAAAGAUAAGAAUUAUACUCGUACGAGUAUAUAGCAUACUAAAGGCCUUUCCAAUAAAUAAUGAUCUUAUUUUCGAGCUGAAUUUACUUCGUUUAUUGGUAUGGUCUAUAGUAUUUAUCACUACACAUAUGUAUGUAUGUACGAGUAUAUGCUGAAUAUUUAAAUUUAUGUAUCUUCAUAUUGUAUUAUAGCAGUCGUUUACAUAUGCGGACACUCAUAUGUAAGCACCUAAUUAUACUUAUAUAUAUAUACUAUAAUUUUCAGAAAAAUAAAUUUAAAACGCUACAAUUUAAUAUACAGCUACACACAAUUUUAGUAAGAAUCUAUUUCACUCAUUUACAAACAAUAUAUGUAUAUAUAUAAAUAUAUAUAUAUAUAUAAAGGAUAUAUAUACUCCUUAAUAUGGAUUUAAAGACAUUAUACAACAAACUAAUUUAGUUAAGCAUCAAACUUAGUACGCAUUUUUACUUUGUUAAUUAAACAUAGUAUAUAAAUUCCUAUUUUUGUUUAUGAAAAGAAUGAUUCUUAUGAAAAUAUGAAAAUAUUAAUUAAAAAUAUUGUAAAAAGCUGCGAGCGCGAAGAUUUCGCUAAAAACCCUGAAAAUGUAAACAAACAUACCUAAAAUAUUUUAAGCACGUUCAAGUACAUCCAUAAAAAUAUUUGUAAUGGUGUUAAAUCUGGAAAAAUUUGUUGGGCAAAUAAAUUAAUCAUGUGUAG